GGAACAACCGACUGCUGAAACAGAGACUGAAUCUAAAGAAGAUAAACUUUACCAGCGUUUAUAAAACUGUAACCAUCAUCAAUUCUUCAUGUUUCAGAGAUUGUGUUGGAUUUUUAUUUGUUAAAUGAGGGAGAAGAUGAUCUGCAGGAUGCUGCUGCUCCUCAUCCUCAUCUCAUCUGUCUGUGCAGCAGCAUUUGUAGUGAAUGUGACACAGAGCUCCUAUCAGGCAGAGGAGAACCACAACAUCACUCUGGAGUGGACCUUCACCACCAAACCUGACGUCUCCUGGAGGUUCCUGUUUAUCCUCUGUAACCUGAUAACUGAUAAUAGAAUCUUAUUACUGUAUCAUGUCCAUGAAGGAGUUGAGGUACCAGAGUCUCAGGAUGGACAGUUUGCAGGACGAGUCCAGAGUGACAAAGACGUCCUCAGAGAAGGACGAAUCAGACUUCAUGUGUCCAGACUCAGAACUGAUGAUUCUGGUCUGUAUGUGUGUGGUGUGAAGACAGAUUACGGCUUCAGCUCUGAAAAAUGUCAACUGAACGUUACCGGAGAGUUAAGAGAGAAAACAACUUUCUAUCAGGCAGAGGAGGACGACAACAUCACCAUCAGAUGGGACAGCCAGAACCAAACAGACAUGUCUCUCACCAACAUCAUCUGUGUUCUUCUCUCAAAACCUUGGAAAGUUUUCUAUGAACUGAUUGAUGGUGUUGAGCUUCCAGAGUCUCAGCAUCAGCAGUUUUCAGGACGAGUUCAGUGUGACAGAGACGCUCUCAGAGAAGGACGAGUCACACUUCAUCUGUCCAGAGUCACAGCUGAAGACUCUGGAAGGUACUGGUGUGAAAUGAAAAAUUAUAAUAAGAACAUAAGUCAAUGGGAGCUUCAGGCUGAGUUAUGUUUUGUUCUGAAUGUGACUCCAGCUUCUCAUGAGGAAAGUAUUGUGUCUCCUAUCACAACAAAGCCUGCAUUGCUCAUCAUUCAAGGUGCAACACACCGAGAGGAUGUACUAUCGAUUGUUGUGAAUCUGCUCUUAUUGGCAGUGGUCGUAUUUGUUGGUGGAGUUUUUGUAUAUAUUAUAGGGACUGUUUAUGUUAUCAGCCAACAGACAGAUAUCCUUAAGAGACAAAGAGAGAGAGACAGAGUCGUCAUUGAGCUGCUGUUACGAGUCGCCAACGUACGUCAUUCGCAUGACUCGGACCCGGAUGAAAACACAACUGUUGCAGAUGUUUGGGAAAAACUGUCAACAUCAAACACUGACAGAUGCUGAAAUUCUCUCCUGAUAAUUUAGCUUCAGUCUGUAAUAUUUAAUUAUUUAAAGACUUCCAGCUGUCAGACGGUGAGUUUUCUUCUUCUCUGAUCAGGUUUUCUGGCUUCAUCCCGACAGAAACAGCUUUCUUUCAUUAAGUGGGUGUUGAUGAGACAAACUCUCCUGUACUUUAUGUAAACCUGUAAUUCAGUAGGAGUGAAACUAUGUAAUCCAUCAGAGUAACGUGUAAUAAUAUUACUUGUGAUCAUGAAGAGUCUGAAAUGUGCAGCUCAGUCUCACCACUUUUAUUUCUCUAAUUCUAACAAAAUCAGAAAGUUUGACACAAAAUCUUUUAAGAACACUUUUAUGUCAUGAAAAAUUGUGUAAAUUUUUGUAUUUUUGUAAACUCAGUAUGUAUAACUCUGUGUUUGUGUAUAUAAAUGUGUGUGUUGCUUUCAAGCAGCUCAGUGGAGCCUGAGUCUGAUGGUCCAUCACAGUGAACAUCAGCUCUCAUCAUGUGCUCCAGCUUCACAGCUGUGUCAUCAAAUAGGUCAAAGGUCAGACUGAUCCUGCUUUCUGACUCCACAACAACACAAGUGAAGCAUCAGGACCUAAUAAUAAUAAUAAUGAUAAUAAUAAUAAUAAAAAUAUGUAGAAUAUUGUACAGGUUUUGUAAGGAUGCAGAGACGUUGAGGAUUGUGUUUUACAGAUGUGUUACAGAUGUCUUCUUGUUGAACUGUGCAUUUUGCUUUCAGCAUGUAGAAAACUUUCAUAUGAUCAUAUUACACGUAGCAGAAUAAAGUCCAGCAGCUGAUC